CCGAACGCAGCCCUCCAGUCCCCAGGUCACAUGCUAGUCAAACAGGAUCAGCUGACAUCAGCCAGCUUCCCCUUUUGAUGCUCCUUCUCCUCCAUCGACAGAUAGCGCUUCUUUAACAGCAUUAUUUCGUUAUCGUAGAGUUACUGGCGUCAGAUUUUAAAUUUGGGCCAAAGAGAUCUCAUCGAUCCAGCAGGUUCCACCGCCGGAUAGAUGCUGCUAGAGUGGAUGAUGAACGGACACGCUAUUCUGUAUACGGGGGUCACUCUGGCCUUUUGGAGUACCAUACUAAUCGUUGGUAUCUGCUAUACCAUAUUUGACCUUGGAUUCCGCUUUGAUGUGGCAUGGUUCCUGACAGAGACUUCUCCUUUCAUGUGGGCCUGUCUGGGCAUUGGCUUGGCCAUCUCUCUGUCUGUGGUGGGAGCAGCCUGGGGGAUCUACAUCACCGGUUCAAGCAUCAUUGGUGGUGGUGUCAAGGCGCCACGAAUCAAAACCAAGAAUUUGGUCAGCAUCAUCUUCUGUGAAGCUGUAGCUAUCUAUGGAAUCAUCAUGGCCAUCGUAAUCAGCAACAUGGCUGAGAAAUUCAGCGGAACAACUCCUGAGACCAUCGGAGCAAGGAACUACCAGGCUGGUUACUCCAUGUUUGGAGCUGGCCUGACUGUGGGCUUUUCCAACCUCUUCUGUGGUAUCUGCGUCGGCAUCGUGGGCAGCGGAGCAGCAUUGGCAGAUGCCCAGAAUGCCAGCCUGUUCGUGAAGAUCCUGAUUGUGGAAAUCUUUGGCAGUGCAAUUGGCCUGUUUGGUGUCAUUGUAGCCAUUCUGCAGACGUCGAAAGUAAAGAUGGGUGACUAGAAGAUCCAUUCUCAUGCCGAGAAGCUAAAAAGACACUGCUGGAAAAUAAGAUGGAUUAUUGUGUAAAUACAUCUUAAAUUAUUUAAAUGUCUCUAUUUGCCUGGUAUUGUUUUUAACUAUCAUUCAUGCAAGAGAGAUAGGCUCACACUCCUGCUGUCUCGUCCUGAGAGGAACUUAAAUGUUGAAUGAGAAAACUUGGGGGAGGGAAGGAUGUGUUUCUGAAAUAAAUGAGUGAACCCUGUUUUCCUCCAUCAGUUCAGCCCGAUGAGCAGUACAAACAGAAUGUACAUGUUGUGAAGGAUUUUAAAUCUGUUUUCCAAAAAACCAGCCCGUCUUAAGAGCUGUGAAGACAAAUCGAAGCUGAAUUGCUCUCAGCAUUUAAGGACAUGCUGACACAAGGAGGCCUUCUCAUAAUGUUGUUUUUUGUGACCUCUCUUGGAUGAAUGUUGAGUUAAAAAUUACAUGGGAGUAUUUCGAAUUAUCUCUGUGUGUGUGUGUGUGUGUGUGCCAGCCAUGUGAUCUUUCUGUUCGUUUCCUAUAUAUUUUUUUUCCCCUGUGAAGCAUGAGGGUGUUUACCAUUGUGUUUACCACUGUAGCCUGGUCUGUCAGUUUUUUUGUUUUCAUAACUGUUCUAUGUUAAUAAGCAAGUGGUCCUUAAUCCCCACUCAGGCCCAAACGCAGUAUUUAUCAGGCCUCCUGAUAUAGUGACAGAGAAUAUAUGAAGUUUUGAAGCAGAGUACUGAUGUGGACUGGUUAGUAAGGGCAGAAGACAGUUGAACGUGUCAGACCACAGCGGCAGAUCUGCUCUUAAUAUGUCGUCCUCUCAUUCAAUUCACCCCCCCCCCCCCCCCCCCCCCCCCCCGCCUAAAAUGUUAAAGAACUAAGAUGUCUAAAUUUGAAAGAGGCUCCUGAACAUAGCUGCCAGCAAUAAUUUCCUCGGUUUUUCCUCCACAAGUUAUAAUCUGGUUGUGAUCCCUUUCAGUAGUUUUUACAAGCAUGAACUGGACUUGAAGGUGGAUUGUUCAGUGUUGGAAGCAAAAGAGACCAUUGAGGUCAUUUGUAGGCUUACGAGAAAACAGUGUAUGACCUUAGCAUGAUGCUAGCUUUCAGUUUCAGGGUCACAAGUGAACAAGUGAGUUUUAUCCUCAUUCUCUCUAUUUCUAUUUCUAUUCAAGCCUAUUGUCUUAGGAAAAAAAAGAAUUUAUUUUAGAGAGCACUUGAUUUCCUAGAAUUACGUUAGACUCAUUAGUAUGUUUAAUAUUUGUCGUAGCAUCACUGUCAUCGUGUUAGAUGUCUUUAUGGAAGAUGAUUUUGUAUAGAUUUGGCCUCUGACCUUGAAACAGCUUUACAACUUACAGCUUUUAAAUAUCCUUAAUAUAUGCACAGGUUACAUUCUACAAAUCUUCAAAUCUCUUUUGCUUUAUUAUUAUUAUUUUUUUUUUAACUAAACUGUCUUGUAUUAAACGUCCAUCUUAACAUGUUCAGUUCUGCGUUCCCAUAUGAUUUUCUAACGUUCUUUACAGAAGCUUAAUGUGUUCAGUCUUGUCUUUUGGUAGAGUGCAGUUUGAACGACAAAAUUAGACUCCUGCUGCAUCACAACAAAGCCGUCAUUAAAUCUUUGUCAUCAAAGCGUUUACUUUUUAUCAACUAGUCGCCAUGCAGCGUUUCAUCUGUUUCCUGUUGAUGCUGACUCGGGAAAACAGAUUAUUUCCUUUGGCUGCCAGCUGAAUUGAGUUGAUAUGGGCACCGUGUUCAGAUUGCUUGCGUAGAAGCACAUUUGCUAAAAGCUUCAUGUUGAUGCAUCAUUCCACAAGUUAAGAAGACAGACCGUGGCUAAUUGUGAAUUGUCUGAAGUCUUUCCUACAUUUUUUUUUUUCUGUUCCCCAACCCUUGUUGAGUUGUGAAUGAGUAUAAACAAUGAAUCUUUACAUGUGGAAAACUGGAUUGUCUUUAAUAUAUUCAGACCUGGUCGUCCCAAAGGUGUCUGAGUAGCAAGAUGAUCUUUGCCCAUCAUCCCAAUUAAAACAAGAUGUAACUCUGAGAUUCCUUUGGUAAACCAGGCUCUGUGCUGAGCCCCGGGCUUUCAGUGACUGUAGUUGGUACCAUGUGUGCAUUUUGUUGAUGUGAUGGUGAUCAGAGGCUAACUCAUUGUUUUUGACAUUGUGUAUAAUAGUAAUGAUAACGAUAACAAAACACAGAUUGUCUUUCUGGGUUCAUAAAUGUCCUUGAGAAAAUAAAAAUGGUCUGAUCAAGA